GCAGCAAAUAAAUGAUGCACCCAAAUCGGACGCGCCGAUUUUUUUUUUGGCUUGCUCUAAUAUCCUGAGAUUAUCAUAUUACUAGCGGCCAGAAGCCCCCAGAGCUCUUUUAAAGCCGAUGAGUAGUCUGAGGGUUUACCGGUCGCCUUUGCGCUACGAAGAUCACAAUGUGGACAACGUGUAUCAAUUGUUAUUUGAUAGUUCUCCCGUGAUAAGUGUCCCUGACUCACAGAUCGUGUACAUCCAUGCCCACACAAGCACCUCUCGGACACGCGGUCAGCAUAUCGAUCGAGUCAAGAGGCUUGCCACUGCACUCGUAGGCAGGCAGGCCGACGGAGGAUUGGGACUGACUAGGAAUGAACGAGUCUGUAUACUCUCCGAAAACCACAUGGAUUUCAGCAUUAUUGCCCAUGCUUGCUUCUAUUCUGGCAUCCCCUGCGUUCUGAUGAAUAUCCAUGCGACAAAGGAAGAGCUUGUCCAUGCGAUCGACUCAGUCACACCAUCUCGGAUUUUCAUAUCCGGACAGACUCUCACCAGUCAUAUAGAGUCUCUCAGGUACACCAGGACCUUUGCUAGAAUCAGAAGCACCGUUAGGGAUGGCAAGUCAUUGAGAGGAAUAGUUGACCUAAAUGGUGGACGAGAUUUGGAUACUUUGCUCGCUGAUACAAGGGAUAUGGAUACUUCGCCCAUGUGCAAGGUUAAGAGAAGCGAUCUAGCCUGCAUGCUUUUCUCUAGUGGUACUAGCGGGAUGCCAAAGGCCGUCAUGAUUUCCCAUGGUAACUUUAUCUCGGCUAUCUUUCAGGCUUCCGCUCAUGUGCGAGCGUUGCUCAAGAGUGCGGGUGUGCCCCUACCACAGCAAAUGAUGAGGUUGACUGCGAUUCCGAUGUAUCACACGCAAGGUUUCUUCACCAGUUGUUUGAGGAACCACUGUGUAGUUAACACCUGUGUGAUCCUUCCGCGGUGGGAGGUCGAGGCGGCUCUAAAAGCUAUACAAAAGUGGGUGAAGCUACAGCUCUGCUACAUAUUUAAUACGCGGUACUUAGGUACAAAAUCCAAGCGGCUUCGCUAGUACCAACGAUGAUCAGGCAGUUGGUUAACUCACCAUUGUUAAAAGGGGUCGAACCAAAUAUUUUUCGGGAAGCCCUUCGGAACAUGCCCGGAAUUACCUCAGCUUCUGCUGCUCUGUCGCCACAACUCUUGGCACAAUUGCAGGAGGUCUCAUGCGGACCCGCGAGUGAUACUCACGUCACAGGUCUACCUCCAGUUAAAUCUGUCAGUCUCCUCCACUGCAACUCUUGGCGUUCUCGUAUUGAUAGAGCCCCAACAAGUUCUUCGGGGCUACGGAAGCUACGAUUGCAAUUGCUGGCCCAUCACUCACACCUCCAAAAUUAGCUCCACCGGGAUUGUGCCAUGGUACUAGGAGCUAAUAUGGAGGCCACUCUUUAUCAAGACGAUGUCAA